AUGUAAAAUAAUUGGAAUGAAAUAAAGAAAUAUUAACAAGAGAAAGAUGAAAGGUUUCAAUAAAGUUUAUUCAAAGAUCAAAUCUAAAAUAUUGAUUCGACUAUUUAAGAUAUUUCAAACAAUCCUGAUUAUGUUAAAGUUAUUUUAAUUUGUACCUUCACUAAUGAAGUAUUUAUUAAUCUUAAAUUAAUAAUAGACUAUUGCAACUAAAGAAAAAAUAAUAUGUUCUGAAAAUGAUUGUUAAAUUAUAGAAAAAGAUGAUGUAGUUGGUAAAUAAUCAAAAUAAUUAAAAUAGAAUAAUAAGAUCUUUCUGAUUGUAUAAAAAAAGAAAUUGUCACUUAUUUAGAAAGAGUAUAUAUUGAAAGUUCUAAAUUAUUAAAGUCUAAUUACAUUGAAAAAUUAGAUGUAAUAAAAGUAUAAUUAAAUCAUAAAGAAUUUAGUUGCCCAUCUGUUCAGCUAAUGGAAUACGUAUUCCUAAUGAAUAUGAUAUUAGAUAGUUUUUUAAAUUGUCUAAAAUCAAAAAUAAUAAUGAAGAAUUCAUCAAAUAAAUACAUUAAAUGGACACUAAACAUUUAUAUGGUUUACUUAUUAGCAGUCUUGUAUUCUAAGUAUUCUUGUCUUCUAUUAUUUUGAGGAUACACAAAUUGAAGAAGCCAUUUUUGAAUUAUUCUUUUAAAAUAUUAACUUAGAAAAUGCCAUUAAAUUGUUACUCAUCACUGUAUAAUAUGAAUCCAAAAAAUAACAUUAUUUUUACAAGUAUCAUAAACAUUCAUUAUAUAAUAGACUUAUUAAACAUUUAUAUUAUUUUAGCAAAGGAUUAUUAAAAGAAACAUAUGAUAAUUAAUUGCAGAAGAUUGUUUAAAAUGGAAUGAAACAAAAAUAAUUAUAAGUAGAAAAACCAAAUUUUAUUAAAUUAAUUACUCAAAUACACAUUUUUAAAAUAAAUUCAACUAUUUUAUAUCCCCUUUUUAAAUAAUAAGAAUCAUAUCUAUUUUAAUAUUACAAACCAUUAAGAGAUAAGAAAUCAUUUACUGUUUAUAGAAAUUUGAAUUGCCCUGAAGGUAGAGAAUAAUCAGAUUUUCCUCAUCUUUAUUAUCUUAAAAAUAAAGAAAAUUAAACAAUCUUAGUAGCCAUAUAAUAUGAGAUAAAAGGGGAUAUUCUUAUUUUCUAAGAAUAUUAAGAGAAACUGAUAAAAUAUAAUGAUAAUUAUUUAGGACUUAUUGAAUUUAAGAAUUAAGGCAAAGAAUUCAUUGUUUAUGAUGAUGGUUAUCCAGAAUAUAUGGAAAAUAGUUUUCCUUAAUGGGUUAGUAGGAAAAAAAGAAGAAUGCUGAUCUUUGAUUACUAUUCAGAAAAAAGAUAUGAUAAACCAAGAUUAUUUGAUGUGAAAUGUUACAAUGUAAAUACUAAUUAAUAUGAUGGUAAUAUUAUUAUAUAUAUAUAUUUCAUAAGAAAUAAUAACUAAAGAACCAUAAUAUGAUGAAUCUAAAGGUUCUUUUAUUUUAUAAUUAAGUAAUAUUGCUAUUACUCCAUCAACUAGAAAUUUUGUAUUACAAAAAAAAGGAGAAAAUAAUAAUACAGAUUAAGAAAUCUAUUUAUGUCAUGGAAAAUAAAAUAGACAUACCUUUAACUUAGAGUUGCAUGAAGGAAUUAGUGUAUUUUAAGGUUUUUGCAUUUCUAUUGUAUCAAUAUGUUCAAAGGGUAUUUAUGAAUGA